AAGCCACCUUCACGAGGCUCAUCAAUAGUCUCGGUGAACAUAAAAGCCCGAAUGACACGUAACAGAAACCAAAAAACGAGAAACUGUCGUCUUUGAAACAAUUUUUGUCACGAAUGGCGGUGAAUGUUAGUUGAACUUUUUAUCACAUGGGGGCUUAUCUGCUGCUCGUAUGUAUUGCAAAACUAAGACUCUCCCUUCGAAAAUGAAAAUAUAGACAAAAGAGGACAGUUUGAGCUUAUUCGCGCUGCCUCGAUCGUCGCUUCGACAGUGAGGGCGGUCCGUCCGUCCGUCCGUCCGUCCGUCAGCGGAAAGUUUUCCGGGAAACCGAAACCGAAAGGACCGGCAGGGACGUUCGCUAAGAUGGCAGCGUGUGCGUGCAAAAUGGCCGGAAAGAGUUCAGCACUUCGCCAAACGUUUGCCGUGUUUGCGGCCCUGGUGGCGGACGCCUGCCUGCUCCUGGCCGCGGCGCCGGCGGUGCGCGCGGGCGGCGUUUGGGUGUCGGCGCUCCGGUGUUGUCUGUCGCUCGCGACCGUCUCCCUGCUGAACCUCGGGGAGCUCCCGCCGGUGCCGGUUCGCUUCCUCGCCGCGCACAGCGCGCUGCCCGCCGCCCUGCGGAGCCUCGGCGAGCACGCGUGCGGCGCCGCGGCGGCUGUCGACGCUCGCUGCUGGAUGAUGUGCGCCGGAGCCUCGCUGGCCGCGGCCUCGUUUUGGGAAGUCGCCGUGCCGGACUCGGGGGAGCGGAAAGACAAGCAAUACAAGCGCAGGGUUUUGUUCAUGAGGGUCGUUCGCAUGUUCGGACCGGACUGGCUUCAGCUGCUCGGGGCUUUCUUCUUUCUCACUCUGGCCGCAGUCAGCAGCAUCCAGAUCCAGUUUUACACGGGCAAGGUCAUCGACAACCUGCACGAUUACAGGCCGGAUGAAUUCUUGGCAGCUCUGCUUCUGAUGGGGGUCUUCUCAGUGGGAAGCUCGGUGGGCGCAGGGAGUCGAGGGGGUCUCUUUACGUGGGCCACUAACGCCUUCAAGUGCAGGGUGAAGGCGAAGCUCUUUCGAGCUCAGGCCAAACAAGAAAUUGCAUUUUUCGACUCCACAAAAAUAGGUGAACUCACCUCCUUGCUGUCCAAAGACAUCGCCCUGAUGGGUGAGACGGUGUGUCUGGACAUCAACGUUCUGCUGAGGACCCUCAUCCAGACCCUGUACACGCUGGCCCUCAUGGUGAACCUUUCCUGGACGCUGACUUGUUUGGUGCUCAUGGAGGUCCCCGUCACUGGUCUCGUGCAGACCAUCUACAAAACGCACCAUCAGCGCUUGCUGGAGGCCACGCGCGACUCCACGACUGCAGCCAACGAGACGGCCAACGAGAUCAUCUCGGGCGUUCGGACGGUGCGGAGCUUCGAGGCCGAGAAACACGAGGUCCGUCGCUACGAGAACCGACUGCUGGACACGCACAGGCUCAAGACCCGGCGGGACGUUGUCAGGGUUGUGUCCCUUCUGGCACAAAGGCUGACAGGUGUGGCCAUUCACGUGCUGAUGCUUUGGUACGGCAGGCUGUUAAUCCAGAGAGGCCAGAUGACCACCGGCAACUUGGUCUCCUUCAUCCUCUACCAGUCGCACAUUGGAGACAACAUCCGGACGCUGAUCUACAUCAGCAGUGACAUGUUGAACUCGGUGGGUGCCUCCGGUAAAGUCUUUGAGGUUCUGGAUCGACAGCCUCAGAUCAGGACUGAUGGUGAACUCGCACCGGAUCGCCUAACUGGACGCGUCAACUUUUGCCACCUCAACUUCGCCUAUCCGGCACAUCCCGACAUUGCGGUGCUGCAGGACUUCACUUUGGAGCUGCCCGCGGGUCAGGUGACAGCGCUGAUCGGGGUGUCUGGAGAGGGAAAAAGCACCUGCGUCAGUCUGCUGAAGCGCUUGUACGAGCCACAGGGCGGGCAAAUUCUGUUGGACGGCGCCGAGCUGGAAUCGUACGACUGCUGCUUUCUCAGCAAAAAGAUCACAGUGGUCAGCCAAGACCCGGUCCUCUUCUCCGGUUCCGUCAGGCAGAACAUCGCCUACGGCCUUCGGGACUGCUCACUGGAUGCCGUUCAGGAAGCGGCGCGCCAGGCCGCUGCCCACGACUUCAUCAUGCGGUUGGAGAAGGGCUACGAUACCGAGGUUGGCGAGGGCGGCAAGCUGCUGUCCAAAAGCGAGCGGCAGCGCGUGGCCAUCGCCCGAGCGCUGGUCAGACGGCCGCGGGUUCUCGUCCUCGACGAAGUCACCAGCUCCCUGGAUGAGCGCAGUCAAAGCAAGGUCCUGCGGAACCUGGGGAGGCACCCGGACCGGACGGUGCUGCUGAUCACUCACGCGCUGGAGACCAUCGAGGAGGCCGACCAGAUCGCGGUGAUCGGCGGCGGUCGUGUUCGGGAGCGGGGGACCCACCGCCAGCUGAUGGACAGGAAGGGGAUCUACUGUCAAAUGAGGGCGAAACACGCCGCGGCGGGAAGCUAACGUGGCGCCGGCAGAAAUUCCGAUAUUUGUUCCAUGACGUUUUUCUCUUCACUGAUUGUUUUCCUCUUGGCUUCCAGUGGGUGUAUUUGAUAAUUUAUUGCAGGUUGCAGGUUCUAUAUGUCGCCAAGGGCCACGGAUGUCAUAAUCAGGCGUGCCGGCCGAUGUAUUUGAGACCGUAGUAGCAAUGGGGACCGUUUUUUGUUAGUUUCUUACAUUUUUUUUUUUUUUAAUCCAUCAGGUUAAGAUGAGAUGGUCGGUAGCACAGCCGCGACCCUGGUGAGGAUAGGGAGUACAGCUUGGUCCCAGCAAAAUAUGUCUACAACACAUUGCACGCACGAUUAUAUUCAAUAAGCGGCAACUCUCGCGACUUUGACAAAAUAUUUUAUUCACGUUGUUGAAAUUUUUUCUUCAUGUGAUUACAGCAAUGUUAAUUUAAAAAGGAAUUUUUAUAUUGCUUUUUUUUUUUUUUGCAUUGAUGUUUUGCACAAUUGCGAUAUGACGUUGGUGCCAAGAGGUUAAGUUAGUCGGGGAAAGUUUUUAUUUUGUGAUUUGGAAUCGGGUUUGUCAUUUUACAGCUCUUGUUCUUUUCCUUUAUCAUGAUUUUUUUGGAGCGUUUUUAUUUUAUUUUCAUCUCAUCUUAUUUUAGAUGAUUACUUCUAUACAUUUGUAAAUCCCUUUCAGUUUUCAAGAUCAUGAUGAACGAGUAAAACAUUAAUAAAAGAAAAAUAUAACAA